AUGGACAUCAAACCUUUCCUUCAUAAACACUACUUGUUGUAUGAUUGCUACGGUCAUUACGAUAAUAUUGAGGAGGCGAGUUGUGAUAAAUGCAAUCAGCAAAUUGAUGGGUGGGCUUAUAGUUGUGAAAGUUGCCGGAAGUUCUGGUUGCAUUCAUAUUGUGCAGAAGAGCGACUGCCUCCUCAGAUUUCACACCCUCUCCAUAGCCAACACCUCCUUACUCUUUUCAAGGGCCACGAUGCUGACGAUUUCAUUUGCGAUAAAUGCUUCACUCUUUCUCGAGGCCACAGAUACCAUUGCAGUGUUUGUAAUUUCAAAGUUGAUGUCUCGUGCGCUGCUUCCACCAAUGAUGCAGCACUGGAGAAAUUAGAGAGCAAAAGAUCUGAUGAGGGAUUGAGAAAAAUUCAACAUUUCGUCCACCGUGAUCGCUUGACGGAAUCUUGCUUGAUCAAGAUACCCACCAAAAUCUUAGGACAUCCUUUUCAUUCAUCACACCCUCUUUAUUUACAGCCAACGACAAUGGUCAACAACUCUGAGCCACGUUGCAAUGCCUGUAAAGAUGCAAUCCUUGGGAAAGCCUAUCGUUGUCAAAAGUGUGAAUUCCACCUGCAUGUUCUUUGUUCGAGACUCCAGCCCUGCCUAAAACAUGAGAUUCAUGAGCACAGUCUUACUUCUUUUGAAAAGAAUCUCUCUGAGGUUACUUACCAAUGUAACAUUUGUUAUUGGAAUAUCGGCGCAGCAUAUUGGGAGUACUGGGUGAAAAAUUUUUAUCGUUGUGUGCAAUGCGAUAUUAAUUUUCAUUUCAGUUGUCUUAAGAUUCCAACAUAUAUCACACAUGAAUAUCAUAGACAUGAUCUUAUGCUCGUCACUCCAUUUGAAGAAGAUGAUUCUGGAGAAUAUUAUUGUGAUAUAUGUGAGGAAGAAAGAAAUGCAAAACAUCAUAUAUAUUAUUGUAAGGACUGCACAUUUAUUUCUCAUAUUCAAUGCGCACUAAAAAAGGUGGACAACGAAGCUUUGAUACCCAAACUGAUUAAGCAAGAGGAAACAGAGAAGGCCAAUGCAGAAUCUCAAAAUCAAGAUCUUGAGAGGCAAAUCCAACAUUUUACUCAUCGACAUUCCCUCAGCUACUAUGAGGUAAUUGAAAAGAAUGAAGAUGUUUUCUGCAAGGCCUGCGAUUUCAAAAUUUACGGCCGAGCAUAUGGCUGUGAAAGUUGCGAAUACUACUUACACAUUCAAUGCGCCAAAUUGUCCUAUGAAGUGCUGCAUCCUCUUCACCCCAAGCAUCCUCUCCAGCUCUCUAAUGAUAGUCAACCAGCUUUCUGUAAUGAAUGUGGAGACUUUUCGUUUGGGUUUAGCUACGUCUGCUACUUCUGUGAUUUCAAGCUCGAUGUGAAAUGCGUUAAUUUAACACAGCCUAACAACGAGGGUCAAAGGCUAAAAGAAAUGGCCAGAGAGUCAAAGUUGUGCCCUCUCGAACAAGAUCACGAGCUUUCUUUCUUCAAUGUUAGGCACAAAGCCCAACGAGGCUAUUUGUGCAGCAUUUGCUUCCUGCCACUUUCAGGUUUAACUUAUCACUGCUCUACUUGUUCUUAUGUUGUUCAUGAAUCUUGUCUUGGAUUUCCACUGGAGAUAGCACUCCCACCUCUUUCGGAACACCCCCUGCACCCAACUCUCAAUAAAGGCCGUUACACAUGCUGUCUUGCCUGUCGUUGUCCAUUCAGUUGGGAAGACAUUGUCUAUAAAUGUGAGCAAUUUAGACACAUCAGCCUCCAUAUUUUAUGUGCCAAUUCCAUGAGGCAAGCCAUACGAUCCAAGUCUCACCAGCAUCCUCUUUUCUAUUUUGGAACAGAAUGCCAAAAACUCUUUGCCAAUAUGCUCAACUACGAAUUUUUUAGACAACAUUUUCUGUUCAAAUGCAAUAAAUGCGACAAAUCUUUUGGUGGUGUUCCUUUCUAUCGCUGUGUGUUGUGUUGCAUCAAUUUUCAUUUGGAAUGUGUUCCUAUCCCACAUUUCAUUAAAUCUAAAUAUCAUAUCCACCCCUUCACCCUUAGACAUUGUUUCCUAGAAGAUGAUUCAGGAAAAUAUUUUUGUGAUGUUUGUGAAGAAGAAAGACAUCCAAAAAAUCACGUCUACGUUUGUGAAGAAUGUCAAGGAUUAUUUGUCGCACAUAUCGAAUGCGUGGUUGACAAUAUGGUGGAAGAAAUUGCACCAGCAGAAGAUCCAUCCUCAAAUUUGGUACCAGACCUUGAGAACACCUUUGUUCAGGCUGAGAGGGAAGUGUCCACAGAUGAAUCAAAAGAAGAGCAACAAGGCAACAACGUAAGCCCAGCAAUGAAGGAAAGAGUAGCAGAGUGAUUAAGAAAAGUAGUUCUGCCUUUGCUUUGCCAGAUGAAGCGUAUAAUUCCAUCAAGGAUACUAUUAUCACUGGAAGAAAAGUUCAUGUAUAUUGUUUGUUGCAUACUUG